AUGCCUGACAACUACUCGUACAAGAGCUCCGGCACCAACAGCCAGGGCAACCACUACUGCUCCCGCGACUAUGGUAGCGGAGCAGCAAACUCCAACUCUUACCACUACUCCAACUCGAACGGCUCGUACUACUACAGCAACCCCAACGGUAGCACCUACUACAACAGCGGCACCGGCUACUCCAACUACACUCCUCCUAGCGGUGGGAAUGGUGGUAGCGGUGGACAGAAGUAG